GGGGCAGAGCUCUGCCACUCUGCAGCACCAUUGUGUUUAUAUUAUUAUUACAUGUAUAUAGUGUGACCGGUGUGUUCGAUAUUUUUUCCUCCGUGUAUAAUAAUAUUAUAUUAUGUGCGUUUUAAUUUAAUGGGUUUUUAUCUCCGACAACAGCCUCAGGGGUUCCCCGCCACACCCACACCCGCUCUUGCUACUGCUCGACGAUGCCGUGCACCUGUGUCUGGUUGACUCGAUCGUUCACUUGGCUCACGGGCACACGAACACACGAUAAUGUUAUUAUUAUAUAGUAUUUGUUGUUAUUGUYGCUCGUCGUAUUAGACGUAGUAGUAGUAGUUGCGUAAAACGAAUACGAUAUUUCGUCAUCAUUUGGGGAUCACAUGUGGUCGUGUGCCGUCGACACCAAUCUUCGCAGUAGUUAACGUGUGUUCGAACUGCUGUCCUUGGUGCCUUUUUAGUAUAAAUAUCAUUAUCGAUUUGGAAAACGAAAUAAAUUUCGUCUUGAGUUGUUUCCACUAGCUUGUUAAAUAACACAUAUCAUAAUAUCGUUAUUAUAACGUAUGCGUAUCACAGUAGUCAAAUACGUGUCGAUAUAAAUUAUAAUGURCCGAUAUAUUUUUGAUUACUAAAAUCGUUAUUUCAAGAUGGAUAAUAUCCGAAAUUCGUAGAAUAUCGUACGUGUCCGCCAACAAGUCCUUAUAAUUAUUAUUGUAUGUGCGUGCACACGUUACUUAAUCUGUUAAUCAUUACUAUUCGACAUUUUAUAGCUGGGGAUUUAGGGUUCUCCUAAUCUGCUUAUGAGAAUGUUGGGGGGGGGGCAUUUAUAUUGAAUAUCGAAAUCUGUAUUUGCGUCUUGGUAAGACAAAAUUUAAUAAUAAAUAAUAAUGGCGUUGUGGGCACGAAUAUAAUCCUGCUGACGGUGACGACGAUUUUUUGUCCUCUUGGUGUGUCUGGGAACCACUUGUGAUGCGUCCUGCAACUCGCACGUUGAUUCCGGACAAGCACCGCACCUCUGCCCGCGCCGUUUCUAUGUUUUAACCCUCCUCUCCCACCGCUGAUCAUCGUUUUUAAUAUUUUUAUCGUGUCCUUUUACACUCCAAUGAACAACUACUGGUUUAAAUGUUUAUUCUUCAGUGUUUGGUUGUGGUUGGUUAUGACCUGUUGGGUCGCGGUUUUUACUUCUCUGUAGUCCAACAAUGACGUCAUUGGUGUUUUUUUUUCUCUAGUUGCUGCCGAUACUAGUAUUAACUUAUCUUAAUACAUAAUACAUUCAAUUUUUUUUUAGUUGAACAUUUAGCGAAGAAUGAGAAACAAUUAACUUCCUAUUCGAAUUAACGAAAUUUAGAUCAUCAUGGAAUCUCCACAAGAAGAGAAAGUAUCGUUAGAMUUUGGCUCAAUAACCAAGGAAGAAGACUAUCUUUUGUCAGUAUCCACUGGUUUUUAUGAAGAAGAAUUUGACGACGACGAAGUGUUUUUGGAUGAUUCACAAAGUAUUGAUAUGGAAUCAUCAGAAAUUCCAUCACGUGUUCGUAGAACUUCAGAUGUGAUUGACUGUGUUGGUGGAACUAUGUCUCCAGCACAUAUUAAACGCCAUAGUUUCCCAUCAGCAUCUGGUGAAGUCUUAUACUCAGCUACAUCACUGGCUACAAAYAUCACAGAGUUAAAUGGAUCUAGGMGAGCUGAACUUACCAUAGAAUCGUUUGAUCAAGGCUAUAGUAGUCCUGGUGCACAGUCUUCUUCAUGCAGAUCUUUUAAAGGAACAUGGUUUAGGUUUAGUAACAGUAAUGACCCUGAUUCUGUUGAUGCCCGGCCWACUCAAAAAUCAGAUGAACAACAAAAUCCAAAGCCAACCCCUAAUCCAAACAGCAAAUUGAGUCCUGGUUUUAAGAAACCAAUUGUGGAUAUUGUAAUGCCUGUUACUAAAGAYGCAACUUGUUAUAAUAUGGAUCAUGAACAUCGAGGUUUCGCUGUUAUUAUUAACAAUGAUGUUUUUGAUACCCAGACCUUACCUGAACGGAAAGGUUCAUGGAAAGAUGUUGAAGAGUUGGAAAAAAUGUUUUAUCGUUUGGAUUUUAAUGUUGUGGUUUGGAAUAACUUGUAUCACGAAGAAUUGACUCGUCAUUUGAAUGCAUUGGUCAAUGAUGAUCAUUCUCAAAAUGAUUGUCUUGCUAUUGUGGUGUUGACACAYGGGGUCAGUUCAUCAUAUAUUUAUGCCAGAGACAAUCCAUACCCAGUUGAAUUUUUGUGGGAUUCGUUUACUGCUGAUAAAUGUCUUACACUAGCUGGUAAACCUAAACUAUUUUUUGUGCAGGCAUGUCGUGGUGAAAGGCUGGAUCCUGGGAUUACAUUGAGAAUAGAACCGAAGAAAACUGAAGUAGAUUGUUCCACUGCCUCAUACAAAAUUCCUAAACAUGCAGAUUUCUUGAUUACUUUCAGUACUUAUGAUGGUUAUUAUUCGUUCAGGCAUCCUGAGAAUGGCACAUGGUUUAUUCAGAGUCUUUGUAUGGAAAUGAACAAACAUGAUCUUAGCAAUAAUGACUUGUUAGGAAUUAUGACCCGUGUUUCUAGACGAGUUGCCUUGGAACAUGAAUCUUACAAUCCAGAUUACCCAUGGCUACACAAGCAAAAGCAAAUACCAACCAUUCACUCGAUGCUCAUUAGAGAUGUAUUUUUUAAGCCUAAAAAUAAACCUCCAUCUGAACCAGUUGUAUUGAAAAAUUUCAUUAUCUGAGUGCCUUACAAUUAUACUCGAAGCCAGAAAAUG